GGGUCUCUGUCGCUCUGUGUCUCUCUUCCUCAUUUCGCCGCUUUGUUUUCACUGUCGCUCUUUUGACCAUGGCUGCUCAUUCUACCGAAGAACCGUUCCCCUUCCACGGGCUGCUCCCCAAGAAAGAAACGGGUGCCGUGUCUUAUCUUACCAGGUUCCCCGAGUAUGAUGGCCGGGGGGUGCUCAUUGCCAUCCUCGACACAGGCGUGGAUCCCGGGGCCCCCGGCAUGCAGGUCACAACUGAGGGGAAGCCAAAGAUCGUCGACAUCAUCGAUACAACAGGCAGCGGUGACGUAAACAUGAGCACGGUGGCCGAGUCUAAAGAUGGGACGAUCCUUGGCCUCUCUGGUAGAACACUUAAGAUCCCUCCUGCCUGGGUCAACCCAACAGGGAAGUACCGCAUUGGAGUUAAAAAUGGCUAUGAGUUCUUCCCUAAGGCUCUCAAAGAAAGAAUGCAGAAAGAGCGAAAAGAGAAGAUGUGGGACCCACCGCACCGAGCAGCAGUGGCCGAAGUUUCUCAGAAGACAGAAGAGUUUGACCUCGCUCACCCAACACCAUCACAGGUGGAGAAGUUGCAGAGGGAAGAGCUGCAGAGUCAGGCCGAGUUGCUAGCAUCGUUGGAAAAGAAGUACAGUGAUCCUGGUCCUGUAUAUGACUGUGUGCUUUGGCACGAUGGCGUCACAUGGAGGGCUGUCGUUGAUACUUUAGAGAAAGGAGACUUGUCCCAGUGCACAGUGCUGAGCGCCUACAAAGAGACACAAGAGUACGCCACGUUAGGAAAUGCCGAGAUGCUUAACUACUCUGUUAACAUCUACGACGAGGGAAACACACUCUGCAUUGUCACCAGUGGAGGCGCUCAUGGGACACAUGUGGCAAGCAUUGCAGCCGGAUACUUCCCAGAGGAACCGGAGCGUAACGGUGUGGCCCCCGGUGCCCAAAUCCUGGCCCUGAAGAUUGGAGACACCCGCCUCAGUACCAUGGAAACGGGCACAGGACUCAUCCGAGCGAUGAUUGAAGUCAUCAACUACAAGUGUGACCUGGUUAACUAUAGCUACGGAGAAGCUACCCACUGGCCCAACACGGGGAGGAUUUGUGAGGUGAUCACAGAGGCCACGCAGAAGCACAAUGUCAUAUUCGUUUCUAGUGCAGGAAACAACGGGCCGUGCCUCUCCACUGUCGGCUGCCCCGGGGGAACCACCAGCAGUGUCAUAGGAGUUGGGGCGUAUGUGACUCCAGACAUGAUGGUGGCAGAGUAUUCUCUUAGGGAGAAGCUGCCUCCCAAUCAGUACACCUGGUCAUCCAGGGGCCCGAGCACAGACGGGGCCCUGGGUGUCAGCAUCAGCGCGCCGGGCGGGGCCAUCGCCUCCGUACCCAACUGGACUCUUCGCGGUACCCAGCUGAUGAACGGCACGUCCAUGUCCUCCCCUAAUGCCUGUGGCGGCAUCGCACUCAUCCUCUCAGGAAUGAAGCAGAGCGGGAUCCGUCCCUCUGUUCCUGCGGUGAGGAGAGCGCUGGAGCACACGGCUCUGAAGAUUGACGACAUUGAGGUGUUUGCACAGGGUCAUGGAAUAAUCCAGGUGGACAAGGCAUUAGACUACCUCACUCAACAUGCCACUUUACCCACAAGCCACCUUGGCUUCUCAAUAAGUGUGGGAUCACAAAGAGGCAUCUACCUCAGGGACCCGGCCCACGUCCUUGCCCCCUCAGAUCACGGAGUAGGAAUUGAACCCGUCUUUCCGGAAAACACAGGGAACUCUGAGCGAAUCUCCUUGCAGCUCCACUUGGCGCUCACAUGUGCCGCGCCAUGGGUCCAGUGCCCCUCCCAUCUAGAGCUUAUGAACCAGUGUCGCCAUGUGAAUGUACGCGUUGAUCCUGUGGGACUGAGAGAGGGAGUGCACUACACAGAGGUCUGCGGGUAUGAUACGUCAGCACCAAGCUGUGGCCCCUUAUUCAGAGUCCCAAUCACAUGCAUUAUCCCCACCAAAGUGACGGACACUCGUAAUCAGGAGGUGGGUUUCACAGACGUCCACUUCAGGCCUGGCCAGAUCAGACGCCACUUCAUCACCGUUCCUCAGGGAGCCUCCUGGGCAGAGAUCACACUGACCUCUCAUUCGGGAGACGUCUCAUCAAAGUUCGUCCUCCAUGCGGUGCACCUGGUCAAGCAGAGAGCGUAUAGAGCUAAUGAGUUCUACAAGUUUUCCUCUCUGUUGGAAAGAGGCUCCCUUACUGAGGCUUUCCCUGUGCUGUCAGGAAAGAUAGUCGAGUUCUGCAUUGCCCGCUGGUGGGCGAGUCUGGGCGAUGUCACAGUGGACUACAGCAUCUCGUUCCAUGGACUCAACACUUCCCCUGCACCACUGCACAUACACGCCUCAGAAGGAGUGACGAGUUUUGAUGUGUCGUCGCCUCUGAGGUACGAGGAGGUGUCCCCCACUAUUACCCUCAAGUCUUGGGUUCAGCCUCUCAGGCCCUUAAAUUCAAAGAUCAAAGCGCUGGGACAGAGGGACGUUCUGCCUAACAACAGACAACUGUACGAGCUUGUCCUCACCUACAGCUUUCACCAGCCCAAGAGUGGCGAGGUCACCCCCAGCUGCCCCAUGCUGUGUGAGCUGCUGUACGAGUCCGAGUUUGACAGUCAGCUCUGGAUGCUGUUUGAUCAGAACAAGAGACUACUGGGCUCAGGGGAUGCUUAUCCACACCAGUACUCUCUGAAGCUGGAGAAGGGGGACUACAGUGUGCGUCUGCAGGUCCGCCACGAGCAGUCCAGCGAACUGGAGCGCCUGAAGGACCUACCGUUUGUGGUGUCUCAUCGUCUGUCCACCACGCUCAGCCUGGACGUCUACGAAUCGCACCGUGCCGCCCUGAUGGCCAAGAAGAAGGCAAACACUGUCACCUUGUGCCCAGGGGCUACGCAGCCCUUCUACGUCACAGCCCUGCCCGACGACAAGAUCCCAAAGGGGACGAGUCCAGGAGGCUAUCUUUCAGGCUCUCUGGUUGUCCCCAAGAGCGAGUAUGGAAAGAAAGCAGGGCAGGCCUCUGCAAAACGACAAGGGAAGUUUAAAAAGGAUAUCGUGCCAGUUGUCUACCACUUAAUUCCUGCUCCCAACAAAUCCAAAAAUGGAGGGAAGGAGAAGGACAAGGAGGGGGACAAAGAGAAAGAUGUGAACGAGGAGUUUGCUGAAGCUCUGAGGGACUUAAAGAUUCAGUGGAUGACAAAGUUGGACUCAAGCACCAUCUAUGAUGAACUCAAGGAGAACUACCUGGACUACCUCCCGCUGCAUGUGCAAAGACUUCACCAGCUGGACUCUGAAAAGGAGCGUGUGAAGCGUCUCAAAGAGGUGGCAUCAGCCGCCGAAAUGGUCAUAUCCCACAUCGACCAGACGGCCCUGGCCGUUUACCUCACCAUGAAGACGGACCCUCGGCCCGAUGCCGCCUCUAUCAAGACGGACAUGGAGAAGCAGAAGUCGUCUCUGCUCGACGCGCUCUGCAGGAAGGGCUGCGCUCUGGCCGACCAGCUGCUGCUGCCCCCAGUGCCGCAGGAUGGCGCCGGUGCCAUCUCCACGGGACAGGUAGCGGGAGAGCAGCAGCAGCAGGAGGAGGACGACAAGGACAAGGAGGAGGAGGAGGCUGAGGAAGAGGUGGCCAGCAGUUCUGGCGACACCUCGCACAUUGUGGUUAAAGAUCUGACGGAUACGUUUUGGGAGGUGCAGAAGUGGGCGGAGCUAACGGACUCCAAGGUGUUGAUGUUUUCAUACAAACACGCUCUGGUGAACAAGAUGUACGGCCGAGCCUUAAAGUACGCCUCAAAGAUGGUGGAGGAGAAGCCCAGCAAAGACAACAUGAAGAACUGCAUUCAGCUUAUGCAACACCUUCAGUGGACACACUGUGCCACCUUCAGUGAGAACUGGCUCCCAGUCAUGUACCCCGCAGAAUACACGCUUUUCUAGACACAUCACAUGCAUGCAGCACGAGCAGCAUGGCCGUACAUGGUUAAUUGGAUAUCAUGUCCCUCAGGGUCACAUGAUGUGGCAUCUGUCCUGUCCUACAGCUCUGCAGACCAUGUGGCAUUACUGUUCAUUUUAAUGCCACCAACAGAAAAAAUCCCCAAUUAUUCUGUUGAAUUAGUUUUUUUUUUUAAAUGCAUUACACGUUUGACAGCCUCUAGUUAUCACUGACUACUUUUGUAUUGGGUGUUGUCCUUCAUUUUUGGUGUCAUCUACACAUUUGGAAGCUUUUCACGUCUGCACUCAUCCUCAGCUGUCUGGGCUUCACUUCACAAAAACCUCAUUAUUUUAUGUAAAUACUGUAAGAGGGCCAGUGCGGACUCCAGGAAAGUUGGGUCCCCAUUUCCUCAAACAAAUGAAGAGCAGAAACAGCCGUAUCUGAUUGUUUUGAUACUUCAGUGAGGACUUGCUGCUGCGUGAUGUUCGGACAUACGGGGGCGCACAGGGUCUCCGACUUGAAAGGGAUACAGAACUCAGACUCUUUUUAUUGUUCCAGGCAGACCAGGUUGAUAAAAGUUCAUAUUUAGUCUUGUCUGUGUUGUUAGACUUUGAUUGAUGUACACAGAACAGUGUUGAGGUGCCUUCCUUCAUCUACCGGACCUUUUUUCUGGUGGGAUGACAAUGCGAGGCCCUCUUGCAGGCGUUUUCUCCCACUGGCAUUUGGUGUCAAAUGUGUGUCCAAAGCCUGUGCGCUGUAUGCCAGAGACGAGCCGUGUAAUAGGAAGCCUAAAAACGCACCGGCUCAGCCUCGGCUUACCUCCAGAGGUGCUCGCCGCUCCACACAGCAACGAGCGGAAAAUCCAACUUCUACCGUGAGAGAUGCAGUUGUGGGCAGCGGAAGGAUGUUUAGUUUUUAGUGUUUAAAUGUUCACCCAGUAUUGGAUGUUUCUCUGCAACAGUGAAAAUGUUGCCUUUGUACAUACAAUAAUGUACAUACGCACAUAACAUACAAACAUUAAGAUGCAAUAGGUCUAUAGUGCAAAUAUUAUUGGAGCUGAUGUAUUUUGCAUAUAUGCAUGUCUUAAGAUGUAACAAAAACAAUAGCGGAUUUUAGUUUGUUUCAAUUUUAGAUUUUUUUUUUUUUUUUUAACCCGGAAAAAGAUUUGGAGGGG